CAAUCCUCACGGAACACUGGGAACUUGCCGGGAACAGCGAGCCGCGCCGGGUGCCAAAAUGAGCCUUUACUGCCAGAGCUGGAAGAUCUUACAAAUAGUCUUUGCAACAAUUACAGCAGUUCUCACACAAGAUCUGAGCAGUAAAGAGCUGACCGACAGUAAGAGCCCAGUGCCUUUCCCUGUCUUCUUGCCAGUUACCUACGAUGUGCGAGAUGCCGACUACCUCUUCCUUAAGGAGGCUGGCCAGGACUUCAUGAGGAACUCCAGUAUGCAGAGUCACACGCAGCCCUUUGUUAUCUUGAGAGCCAGCCGCCAGCCAGCUGUCAAUGCUAGCUAUGGCAGUAUGUCCACAGAGCAGCCUGUGCCUCUAGAUCUGGUCCAGUCUGUGCAGCUCUUCAAUGCUCCAGAGGUCUUCACCUUUAACUGGAAAAUCCAGGCCUUCGUGCUGACGCCUCGGGUUUUCUCCUCCAAGCCUAAAGUGCGGGUGCUCUUCUAUGUUGCAGGGAGGGAUUGGGGCAGGGGGGAAGGAGCUGUGGAUGAGCUACCAUGUGUGACAGUGUAUGCUUUCUGGCAGACCCAGGAGGUGAGGGGUUCCUGUGCCAUGGGAGGCGAGAGGGGAACCUGCAUAGCUGAGCUGGCUCCUCCGCCUGGCUGGUUUGCGCCAGGGUCAGAGGGCACCAGCAGGGAGAGGCAGGACCCGUCUGCUGGGAACCCUGUGGAGCUGUACUACCAGGCUCAGCCUAAAGUCAAUGGAAAGUGUAAUUCUGUGGAUGGAAGUCGUUGGAGUGGCUCACAGCAGCAGGCUGAGUAUGUUCCUCUCACUCCCAUGCAGAGGAUUGGCAGUGUACGGCUUCUGCAGGUGCCUAAAGGAAUGGCAACACUUUCUCGCCUCAAGCUUGGCAAUGCCAUUGUCAUACGGACAUCCUCCAAACCGCUGAAGAAGACUGACAUUGCCACAUUCUACAUACUCAUGGCCAGCUCUGCUCAGCUGACUAACUUCACUCUCAGAGCGACAGUUAAGAAAGGUGUGACCUUUCGAACAGCAACACCCAGUAACUCUUUACUGUGGGACAUCACUCUGGAUAUGGGUGCAGAUGGAGCCAUCGCUGUUACUUGUCAGAGGAAGGCUCCCAUACCUGGAAAAAGGCUUGAAAGCAGUCUGCUGGAAGUGCUUCAGAUGGAUUUUGAAGUUGAAGAGCUGAGCAGUCCUCUUGAUAGUCAGGUGAUCAUAUGGAAGCUGGAGCUACCGUCUGCAUCCAAAAAUGUAGCCAAGACUGAAGGAGCCAUGAGGAUCUAUACCACUCAGAGGGACUUUGUUGGCUUGGCUCCUCUUGUAAUGGACACAGAGAUCCUGAACACUGCCAUACUGACAGGAAAGAAAGUGGUGAUGCCUGUGAGGACAGUAGCUGUGGAGGAAGAUGGAGUUGUCACAGAUGUAUCUGACUACACAGACUGUAGCUCUACUGAUGAAGAUGUUCUCAAGGUGUCAGACAGGUGUGACUAUGUUUUUGUGAAUGGCAAAGAGACUAAGGGCAAAGUGAAGAUCAUGGUGAACUUUACCUACAGCUACCUGAGCGCUCAGCUGGAAUUAAACGUGUGGAUGCCCCAACUCCCCCUCCUGAUUGAGGUGUCAGACACAGAGCUGAGCCAGAUCAAAAGCUGGAGGGUACCCAUACUAACCUCAAAAAGACCUGGCUGGAACAGUGAAGAAGACGACAGGAAGGGGAAGGGCUGUAUGCUGCAGUUUCAACACGCCAUGGUGCGGGUACUAACUCACUUUGUAGCGGAGCAGCCAGACCCUCGGGAUCCUAAGGCCUAUUUCCUGGGCUCUGAUUGGCAGGUGGAUGUCACGAAGCUGGUUCGAUACUUCAUGAAGGUGGAGGACCCUCGAGUGGCAAGGCUGCAAGCAGGACGAGUGCUGUCGGGACGGGACCUUGGGACUACCACCAUCCAGGUGUUUUCUCCACUCUCUGAUGCAAUCUUGGCUAAGACAACUAUCAAAGUUGUGGAUGACAAAGUGACCAUCACAGAGUUGGGGGUCCAGCUGGUUACAGGCCUCUCAAUGACUCUCCAGCUCAGUCCAGGAAGCAACAGGGCCAUCUUGGCUACCACAACCACACAAGAGCUUCUACAGUGUCCCAAACAGGAAGCUUUGGUCAGUGCCUGGGUACAGUUCAGUGAUGGCAGCCAGACACCUCUUGAUAUUUAUGAUCCUACUUACUACAGACUGAUGGUGACAUCUCUAGAUCAAGGGGUUGUGUCGGUGCAGGGCACGCCUCCAAGUGUUGUGGCAGAGGGAGAAGGCGAGGGAGUUCUGGUCAGAGUAGAGAUGUCCAUCUGUGAGGCCUGCCAGAAGUCCAAACGCAAAAGCACUGUAGCUGUGGGCAACGGCAGCCUCAAGAUCAAGUUUCAGGUGAACAUCCGGAAGCCAGACAGCAACACCAGCAGCUUCAACAGUAGCACUGUUAGCAGCAAGGACAACGGCAGUGACUAUGGGAAUGACGGGGAAGAGGUGGACAAUGAGAGGAAACAGAGGAAGCCAUCCUCACCACGCAGCUCAACUUCAGAGACAGAGGAGAGUGCAAUGCAGAAGAUCACAACUACCAUCAAAUCUACAGAGCGAACCUUCAUAACCAGUGGCAGCCUUGGAGGAGUGGGUAAGAUCAGCAAUCCAGGAAACCCUGGCAGUCCUACCACUGUGGUAAAUGUAAGCAUGAUGAACAGCCCCAGUGACAACAGCAAAGGAUAUGGCUCAGACAACAUGAUAGUGGAGGAUAUGAGCAGUGUUAGUUUUACCAGCACUGUGAAAGCCCCUGGGAACCUGGUAAACUACAACAACUUCCCCACCAAGGUGCAGGAACCUGGGCAGGAGACACCAGAAGUAGAAAUUGGUGGUGAAGAAAUGUUGGCUAACAGGCCUCUCACAGACUUGGAGAUUGGCAUGUAUGCUCUUUUGGGUGUGUUUUGCCUGGCUAUUCUUGUGUUUCUGGUAAACUGUAUCUCCUAUGUUGUUAAGUUCCGGCACAAGAAGCCUCCCUCUCAUGGCCAGGAGCCUACAGGGCACAGGCAUGACUGGGUAUGGCUUGGCACAGAUGCUGAGCUAGUGAUGAGUGUGCCAGGCAGCCCUGUCCAGCAAGACUCUCACACUACAACUGUUAUAGACAUUGGGCCUGAUAAGACCGCAUCUCUGUCCAGGAGGCCCAGUUGCUUGGCCUCUGUUACAGAUUCUCCAAUCAGUUGCGUGGGGUCUCUCAGGAGCAAACCUACACACACUGAGUCCCUCCACUCGCCCACCAGCAGGAGAAAGAGAGUCCAGUUCACCACCUUUUCCACACUGGAACGCCAGCAUUCGCCACAUCUCCCGCCCAGGGAGAACGGCCAUGGCAUCCACUGGGUCGGGAAGGAGGACAGUUGUGAGGAGGAACCCCAAGUGCCCAUUACAGAGCCUGGGGACCAGUUAUAAUACAGAACAUGAUCCGACCUCACAUGUACAGUAGAUGUGGCUUUGAUCACCUCAAUGCCUUUGUUAACUCCAACAACUGUGAACAUGUGAUUUUGGAAUUCCCAUCCUCAACAUUUCAUUACCUGUCAAGGCCUUUUAUGUGUACAUGUACUGUAAAUUAUUAUAUUUGAGAGUGGAUGUGUGUGGAAAUGUUUCAGAUGGCUGCCCAGAUGGACUCUUACUUACACAAUGUUUAAAACCACCAAAUGUUAUUUCUGCAUGUGGAUAUGUACUUCUCUAAAUUUUUGCACUCACAUGCUGGUAUAUAGACACAAAAAAGUUUCCCAAAUUACAAAUGCAAUUACCAGGUAUAAUACAGAACUCCAUCUGACAGAUAUGGAUUUCACCAAAAACGUGGUUUUGAUUAAACAUAACACUAGCUGAAAUCAGUGUUCUAUCAUUAUAAAUAUCAAAGACCCCUUUGUUUGUAAAUCUAAGUUGAUAUAAUUUUCAUUUGAUUUUUUUCAUUAAAACACUAUGAUCUUAAAUGAUGCCUUUCCCUUGAUUUUUUUGGUGUUAGGUACCUACUAGUUUUUUUAAGAGGCAUAUGACCUCUGCUAAUAGUAUGCAGGUCAGCCACAGUUGCAUCAAGUGUG